GAGCGCCUGAUCGAGCGAUUUGGCAGUGAAGCGCUUCCAUUCAAGUUCGAGAUGCCGCAUGACGUUCCUUCGUCUAUUGUGCUGCAAUUAGGUUCCUCGGCUGAAUCAAUCAACUCACAACCUUGUGGAAUUGAAUAUUCUCUUCAGGUGCGUGUUCAGACCAUGAAAAGGACAAAAAUAGACGAAGGAUGUUUCAUUCCUGCCAGAAAAAUAGGAGAUCAUACUGGUUCAGCUGAAGUUGUUUUUGUAUCACUGCAGUGUUUAUGA